AUGUCAAGCUUAGAUGACAACGAUGUGAACUAUGCUGUCUAUCGAUCCAAGGAUCAAAUUCAAAACUUUAAAAUUCGUGUGAAAUUGGAACAUUUAACAUCCAAUGCACUAAUACCGAGUUUGUCACGACUCAAAAUUCAAGAAGAUCUAUUAGCACUGCUCGAUAGUGAUGGACAGAAAGUUAAACAACCAAAAGCAACGGCCACAGACGUUCUGCAAGCUUUGAAUGCACAGAGUACUACAGACUACGAAGAAGUAGUGAUCAGUUGGCAACAGAAACUGUUCAGCCGAUUGGAAUUUGAAGCCUAUGGAAGAGAUAUGGGAUCGUCAAGUACACCACUUGAGAAGAUAUAUUUUGAUCAAAUACAAAAGAUGAAAGCGAAACGACAACAACCUGGUAGAAUAUUUACUUAUAUUCAGGAUGAUCCAUAUUGUAUGGAACGAGAUCUCGAUUAUUUCAUGACCGAUUCACCAAAUGAACAACCGAGUAACUUAGCAUUAGGUCUCAAUUCUAUUCGCAAACGUCGUACUAUUCCGUCUCGCAGUAAUAAUCAAAAUCUACCGAAAGCAGAUCUUAUCAAGGAAAAUCUAACAACCGAUGAUCUUCUUAUCAACCGUUAUGGUUCCUUUCCUCAUCAGACGAUGUAUAUCAUGGUUGAUUUAAAUGAUCCGGUCGAUACAAGCGCAGCUCAACUUGUUACUUUUGCUCGACCACCAAAUGAGCAUGUUCUUUGUCGUAUACAUGUUCAUUCCAAUGAAAUAAUCAUCAUCACGCCAGACUUCAAUCCUGGUAAAGUCGCUUACAUAAUCGAAACCGGAUAUUUGAGCAAUGAAGUGUAUCAAUACUAUCUCGAACAUGCUUCGACGUCAAUCAGCAAGACUGAUUUGGUGAAAGAACGAAAAUUAUACAAUGAAAUCUGCUUGAGACAACAUGAACAUUUAGCACAGUUGGUUGGAAGCAAAUUUGACGUGCCACCGCCGACAGUCUUAAAAUUGAAUAUCAUCGGUGAAAUAGUCAGUGCAAGAAACUUCGAGUACGAUCAUAUUUAUGUUUAUUAUGUACUCGAUUUAGCCGAAGAUUGGCAUGUUGAGUCUUCGACACUCUUAUCUGGUUAUACUCAUACGGGUAGUACGACAAUGUCUAGUAAACAUAUUGUAGAUGAUGUUGUUUAUUAUUCUCAUCCAUUUGAAUUUGAACUGUGGUACAAACCAUCUUCAUAUGGGGCUGACCGAAGUUUUCCACGAAUGCCGAAGAUUUACUUCCAAGUCGCGUCAUUAGAUUCAUGGGGUCGACAUCGAACAGAAGGCUACACUUAUACUGAUAUUCCAAAUAUACCAGGAUUCUAUGACGAACAUUUAUCAUGCUGGCGACCUCGUGGUGAUUCCAUAUUUAACGAAGUACGCCGAUUUUUCAUUGGAGGAUCGCUGGAGCUUGAAGACAUCAGCUACAUCGCAAUUCCAACAUUGUUUCGAAGCGAACCGAGCAACUCACUAUUGAGUCGUUUCGGUUUUCGCACAAUUUCCACAGGUUCAAUAAACAUUCGUUUCAAUGUGGUUUUUCAAUCACAAAGUUUCGCAAUGGAACACAAGAAAACACGGCGUGUUCAUGCUGCGAAUCGCUACGGAUUCGAUGCGUUUAUGUCUAACGUCCAUAGUGUACUUGAGGAAUUCGAACGAGCGAAACGACGCGCUAUCGAAGUCCGGCAAAAUGUAGCGGAAACAAUUAAUUCUUCGUUUUAG